GUUGAAAAGACAGAAUGGAAAAAGGCAUUGGCGAGUUUAGUGCGUGUGAACUCACCUUGGUUUACGAGCCAACUCUUCCUUCCUCCUUAAACAAUUCCUUCAGUAGCAGUUGCAGUUCCUCAAUCGUCAUUUCUUCUACAAACUUAAACCUAAAUUAUUAUGAAACCUCCUCAACCUUCUGAUUUCUCUAAUUGGGGCCUCAAAGUUUCGCGGGAAAAACCUGUGACUAUCAGCUUACAUCCCAACAAGCGUCUUCGAAUCUGUCGGGCCACUUUAGGGUAUGGUGUUGAUAAACUUAACAAGGAAAGAAGUUUGUUGUCGGUCAAAUACAGGGAUAACAAUGGAGUUUACUUGUGCUCUCUAAGGUUGCAUUGUUGUGAAUCGUAUGCCUUGAAUGAUGUCUUUGAAGGACCUCAUGAUGUCAUCUUUUCUGUUAAAGGUCCUGGACCAAUCCACUUGGUUGGCUACUUGUAUCAUGAUUGUCCAUUGCCUACUAUUCUCAAUCAAACUAUCAUUCAAGAUGCAACUGUUAAAGAACACAUCUUAAGUGAGAAGAAAUUAAAACGGAAAAGAGGGGAUACACGUCUGCCAAAUGCUGCUGAUCAAGUUGAUGAAAACAAUGGUCAAGGGCAUGACGAAUAUAAUGUGAAGCUUGAUGACUCUAAGAAAAAAGGAAUUGCGAAAGACCCUGAUGAUGAUGUGUGCUUGGAGGCUGCGGAAGGUAAAAGUUGUGAUUUAGGGAGUGUUUCGCAAAUGUACUUGAAGAAGUAUUUUCCUCCUCACUCCUUGGUAUCAUCUCCCACGACUUGUCAAUUAAGCUCUCAAGUUGAAGAAUUGAAAAUGAUGGUAGAGGAAAGCCAAAAAGUGGCCGCAGAAAGCUAUAAAAUGGCUAAGGCUACCAAUGAGAAAAAUGAGAAGGAAAAUGAAGAAUGGAGGAAGGAAAAAAAAGUAUGGAUGAAUGAGAGAAAAGCCAUGCAAACCAAGUUGACCGAGUUACUAAACGUUGUCCAUAACUUUUGUCGCUUUCAUGGCACUCGAGGUUCGCCAUCCGCCACUUAGUUAUCCACAAAAGGUUUUGUGAUUAUUUCCUAACUUAUUAGUGUCUUCUGUGUGGAAGCGCAGGAGCUGUUUGUUGUGCUUAAUAUGUAUUUGGCAAGCAUUGGUGCUUUUGAUUUUGAGUUUAAUAGUUAGUUAGUUGUAGUACGUACUAAUUUGUAUUCGGUACUUACAUUCCUCUAGUUUUCGGUGAAACAAUGUGGGUUUUUUAGUUUGUUAAAUGUCUCAGUUUGUUGUAAAGUGCAUUGGAUUUGAAAAUUGGAAGGGCAUAUUAUUUUACUCCA